UCGGUGCAGAUAACGGAGGCCGAUGUACUGGAGGACGAUCCUUGUGGUAUUUGCCAUAUGGAGUACGAAGCCGGUGAAGCGCGGUCAACUCUGGGUUGCAACCAUCGCUUCCACACCGAUUGUAUCACCCCUUGGAUUUCACAGGGUGGAACUUGUCCU